AUGUCUGUAGUAAUUCCUACGAAAGGGUUCGACCUCUUAUCGCCUACGACUAGUCCUAGCCUACUAGCGACACUAGGGCACUCUUCUAACUACUAA